AUGGAGGAGUACUCAGCGUCCUCCUCCCAGCGCGGUGGCGGUGGCGGCCGCGGGGAGCUGCAGGGCCCGCGCCCGGCGCCGCUCAGGGUCCACAAGGACUCGCACAGGAUCAAGAAGCCGCCCGCCUCGCAGGUGCGGCAGCCGGUCAUCAUCUACACGGUGUCGCCCAAGGUCGUGCACGCCAACCCCGGCGAGUUCAUGUCCGUCGUGCAGCGCCUCACCGGCGCCUCCUCGUCAUCCUCCUCACUCCCACCGCCGCCACAGUCGACGCUCCCGUUCCCGUUCUUCCCGCAGCGGUCGUCGUCUUCCAUGCUCCCGCCGGCGUUGCCGCAAACGCUGCCGUUCCCGUUCCAGCUCCAGCAAGCAUCUGGGCCGCAGGCGCACGAGGGUGCGCUGCUCCAGCAUCAGCACUCGCCUGCCGCGCGCCUCGCUGCCAUCGAGCAGGCGUCGGCGCCAGCCGCACGGAGCACCGGUGUUCAUCGUGGAGGGCUGCCGCCGCUGCCGAGCAUCCUGUCUCCGGUGCCGGGAUCUCUCCCGGCGAUCCCACCAGGCUUCUUCUCUCCGCCGGCCGGCGGAGCUGGCGGUGGCAUCAAUCUGUUCGGCGAGCUGAUCAGCCCGGCAUUCCAUGGCCACGGCGCGCUAACCGGCACCACCGCCGGUGCAAGUCCUACACCAAUGUCAUUACAGUAUUUCCCCGCUGCAGCUGCGCCGUCGCCGUCGACCCCCUACUAUUGGGAUCUCUUCAACAACCACCCAAACCACCUAUAA